CUUGAAAGAGACAAGUCAAAUUCAACAGGUGUCGCAUGCCGUCAUACUAUCGCCUAAGGCCAGUCCCGAGGGUGUCCCGCACUGACAUGGGAAUCAGCGCAAACAAAGAUGCCAACAAUCAGUGCUCACAGAAAUGCAGUCGGAACCCAGUGUACAAGCCCCGCACACCGUUGGCUUUGAAGAUCUCUCUAGGGAAGGCGUCACCGGGGAUGGUCAAGAGAUACAGCAGAAUGACUAACCGCACUGCUGCUGCGGUUCCCGGCGGCUGAGAAAGCUUCAGUCUUUCAGUUCGCGCAUGAGUGUCGCUACUCACUUUAACAAGAUGUUGCCCCUUGCUGGCAGCAAUGGCGUACUCGAGCUGUCGUCGGACCUGAUAUCUUUGAAUUCGUAACUUG